GCUCGAGUUCGAAUUAAGGAGCACAUAAAUAUUCAUGUUUUCUACAUUUGUUUUUUAAUUUCUGAAGAGCAUAUCGAGGUAACAAAGAGCGAAAUAAGAUGAUUAUAAUAAAAUCCAUGUUGUGGCAGUGCACUACUGUACAAGUCACAAAAGAUCAACUUGCAGUGCUAAAAAAAUCCGUAUUUAAGUCGUGUGUAUUACCCGAAGCCUCAGAGCUACCUUACAAGGCUUGGACGCACAUAUUUGCAAGCAAAUAGCAGGACUUGUUCAAUUCAACACUCAUUUUGAAUAUAUGUAAAAAUGGCGGGGAGUAUCAACUAACCCGCUGAAGCCGGUGCUUCCUCCAAGUGGCAGCAGCCCAGCGAGUCCUCAUUUCUCUUCCACCACCCUUCCUCCUGUCUCUUAUGUUGAUUGUCCAAGAAGAAACGGUAAAAAAUGUAUCAAAUAAUCAAAUAUUUUCUUUGUUGAAGACGGAUUUAAUAACAAGAAAUCAGAAAGAAGACAAUUUUUCCAAGUGAUCUAAAUCUUAACAAAGAACUUGGACCGGAUAAUAACAAUGAACAGAAACUAACUCAUAUAGGGUAAGAGGUCAUGAAUGCAGCCCUCCCUCCUAUCAUGAUCUCCUCAGGUUUUCUGCCAGCUGGGUCUCUGGUGGAAUCACUGAUUCAUAUAUCCAAUGAAGUUGCUUCAGUGGAAAAGCUUCCUUUCGUACAAUUUAGGAACAUUUCAACCAUGAUAAGGAGGGUCAAACUUCUUUCUUCUUUGUUUGAAGAUAUACGAGAAACAAAUAGUCCACUUCCUCCAUCUUCCAUCCUGUGCCUCACCGAGCUCUUUUCUGUGAUCCAAAGAGUCAAGCUUUUGAUUCAAGGGUGCAAGGAUGGCAGCUCUCUUUGGGGUCUCAUACAGACACAGUUUUUGUCGAAUCAAUUCCACGUGCUAGUGAAGGAAAUGGGCGGGGCACUUGAUAUCCUACCUUUAAGCUUGCUUAAUUUAAGCGCGGAUACAAGAGAGCAAGUUGAACUUCUUCACAGGCAAGCAAAGAGGGUUGACUUGCUUGUUGACCCUCGAGAACUUCAAAGAAGAGAGGAGCUUUUACAAAUAAUGACGAGGAACAAUCAGAAGAACAGCGGGAACAAGGGAUUCGAUGAUUUUGUCAAAUUGAAAGAAGUUUUGAACUGCAUUGGUUUGGGAAGUCCAUUGGAAUAUGAUGAAGAAAUUAAGAAGCUUGAGGCAGAAGCAGCGAAGCAGGCAGGCACGGGAGGACUUAUCGUGGUUUCCAAUAUAAACAAUAUUAUCUCUCUUGUAACAUAUUCCAAGUCCGUGAUUUUCGUUGACAGAGAUAAAGAGGAGAUCAAAGAAAACUUCAAGCAGCGGUCUGCAUUCAUGAAUAGAAAUCAAGAUGUUUCUUCAUCUUCUCAGUCAAUACUAUCAAAUAUACCUGAUGAAUUCCGGUGCCCUAUUUCCCUCGACUUGAUGAAAGAUCCUGUGAUAGUUGCAUCUGGACACACUUACGAUCGCAAUUCAAUUGCUCAAUGGAUCAACUCAGGGCAUCAAACUUGUCCUAAGAGUGGGCAAAGACUAAUUCACAUGGCCCUGAUACCUAAUUAUGCACUGAAGAGUCUGGUGCAUCAGUGGUGCCAAGAUAACAAUGUCCCGUUAAUUGACGAUUCAUCUUCAUCUUUCUCAAAAUCUGAGAGUAGCAGAGGCAAGAGCAAGUUAAGUGAGAAAGCGAUCGAUCAUAUAUCUGCUACAAAAGCUGCCAUGGAUGCUGUCAAAAUGACAGCUGAAUUUUUGGUCGGUAAGAUAGCAAUGGGGUCCCCAGAAAUUCAGAGGCAGGCAACUUACGAGCUGAGAAUAUUAGCAAAAACUGGAAUGGGUAACCGCAGGAUAAUUGCUGAGGCAGGAGCCAUACCUUUUCUGGUGACAUUACUGAGUUCCACUGAUCCAAAAACUCAAGAAAAUGCUGUCACUGCCAUGCUUAACCUUUCCAUAUUGGAAAACAACAAGACAUUAAUAAUGUCUGCCGGUUCGAUCGACAGCAUAAUAGAUGUUCUUGAAUCAGGGAAAACUAUGGAGGCAAGAGAAAAUGCAGCAGCAACAAUCUUUAGCCUGUCGAUCAUAAAUGAUUGUAAGGUGACUAUUGGCACCCGUCCUAGAGCAUUCUCAGCCUUGGUUGGGCUGCUGAGAGAAGGCACAUCAGCUGGAAAAAAGGAUGCUGCAAGUGCUCUAUUCAAUCUAUCAGUCUAUGAAGCUAACAAGGCAAGUGUUGUGGUUGCUGGGGCAGUUCCUUUGCUUGUUGAAAUGUUGAUGGAUGACAAGGCAGGCAUAACAGAUGAUGCCUUAGCAUUGCUGGCUCUGCUUUUGGGUUGCUCUGAAGGGCUGGAGGAGAUAAGAAAGAGCAAAGUUCUUGUGCCUCUUCUCAUAGAUCUGUUAAGGUUUGGAUCCACCAAAGGGAAGGAGAACUCGAUAACUCUGUUGUUGGGGUUGUGCAAAGAUGGAGGAGAGGAGGUUGCAAGGCGUCUGUUGAUAAAUCCGAGAAGUAUACCUUCCCUUCAAAGCUUGUCCGCGGAUGGUUCUCUAAAAGCCCGAAGAAAAGCUGAUGCUCUGCUUAGAUUACUGAAUAGAUGCUGCUCGCAAUCCCAUAAUCCUGUUGGAUAAAAAGAGAACAAGAAUAUACAGAAAGGAGUGUAAAUUUCUGGAAAUCAUAUAAAUGAUACUGAUGUUCUUUUGUUACUGUAAUUUACUAUCAAAGUUUAGUUUGAAAGA